UUUAUUUCAUACACCUCUAUUAAGCUUGAUUAUUAGUAUUAUCUGACGUCUAGAUGACCAAUUAAUAUGGCUCUUAUGGCACAUGACACGACUCCCCUAGUGUUAAAUGUAACACGAGGGGAGCCAGAGCUAGUGUGCCCGGCUGAGCCUACACCAAGGGAGCUAAAACUGCUCUCGGAUAUUGAUGACCAAGAGGGUCUUCGAUUCCAUAUGCCGGGCAUAAUGUUUUAUAGGGCUGAUCCCUCCAUGGAGGGGAAUGACCCGGUGAAGGUGGUUAAGGAUGCUCUGGCGCGGGCUAAGGCUCUUGUGUUUUUCUACACUUAUGCUGGUCGGUUAGUAGAAGGGCCGAAUAGGAAGCUAAGUGUCGAGUGCACGGGUGAGGGUGUGCCCUUCAUUGAGGCUGAGGCGGAUGCAAUGCUUGAAGAUUUUGGGGAUGAAAUUCAUCCUCCAUUUCCUUUAGAGGAUUUGCUUUAUGACAUUCCUGGGAGGAAUACUAAUGGAAUGCUUGGCACUCCGUUGGUGAUAGUUCAGGUAACUCGUCUAAGAUGCAGAGGAUUCAUAGUGGCCCUUCCAGUAAACCAUGUUAUCAACGAUGGUAGUGGCAUAAUGCAACUAAUGAACGCAGUAGGCGAGAUAGGGAGAGGCUUUGCCACCCCAACCAUCCUCCCCGUUUGGGGCCGCGAACGCUUAAUUGCUAGAGAAUCCCCAAAAGUCACCUUUCCCCACCCUGAGUACGACCAACAUGAAGUUAUUGACCACCACUCCAAUGAUCAACCCGAGCUAGUCCAACAGUCCUUCCUCUUUGGACCUACCGAGCUUGCUGCCCUACGCCACCAUGUCCCUCCUCAAACCAAACAAUUCUCCUCCUUCGACAUCAUAUGUGCCUCCUUGUGGCGUUGUCGAACCAUAGCCCUUAAACUUGACCCUGGUCAAGAGGUACGUCUACUCUUUGCUGUGAACGCGAGGAAUAAGUUUAAUCCUCCACUAGCUAAGGGAUACUAUGGAAAUGCAUGUGCAUUUCCAGCUGUCUGUGCUAAAGCAGGGGAUAUAUGCAACAACAAAGUUGGCUAUAUUUUGGAUCUAAUAAGGAACACUAAAAAUGAAGUGAAUGAGGUAUAUAUGAGAUCUAUUAUGGACCUUAUGGUAACAAAAGAUAGGCCAGAAUUUACCGUGCAUCAGUCUUACGUGGUGUCAGACCUUAGGCAUUUAGGGUUUGCAGACGUUGAUUUCGGGUGGGGGAAGCCGGUUUUCGGAGGGCCGGUGAGUAAUGGUUCGGUCCCGGAUGCAAGCUUCUUUAUAUCCUUUAAGAACAAGAAAGGCGAGACUAUGAUUAUGGUGCCCAUUUCCUUGCCUCCGUCUGAAAUGGACGUUUUUGUUAAGGAAUUGCAAGAGAUGCUCCAAGUUCAUCCAUAAAUAAUUGGCUUUUCUAGUUUUUUUUUUUAUUUUUUUUUAUUAAUUUUUUUUUUUUAUUGCCUUAUUGGUACUAAACAAUGCCUAGGAGGCUAGGACCAUGAUAUGGAUUCUAUAUCAAGCUUUGGUAAUAAUUCUAGUAAGUUGAGGACUUGAGAUUUUGGUGCAACAACCAAUUUUAGUAUAAUAGUACCAUGUGAUUAUAGAAACCAUUCAUAUGAAAGUAUAAACUAUAUCAAAUAUACUAGUAUCAUAUUUUGAAAAUUUCUUUGUUUGUUCACUUUUGUAUUAAUAUCAAUUUACUAUUGUAAGGUUGGUUGUAAACUUGUAACUAUUGUAUGUACUAUGUAAUCUAUUAAAUAAACUCAUAAUGUAUUAUGGGUCACAUUAUCAUUAUUGUACUGUAUUUUUGUUAAAUUACCUACAUUCAUUACAAAAAUAAGAUAUAUGUGCACCAAAAAAAAAAAAAAAGAUAUUUUAUAUUCUCCAAAUUAAAGUUGGACAGCAUGCACAUUGAUCGUAAAAACUAUGUUGAUUUCAUGAAACUAGAAUUAGAUAUUUCUCUG